AUGGCUUUUGGCAUGAAAGUAACUCCUGCCACGUAUGACUACACUGUAUACCCCAAAAUGGUUGAAUUGGCUUCAAAAGCUUCUCAAGUUGGAAACACAUUAAAACUCCUUGAAAACACUCUCAAGACUUUUGAAGACUCAUUAGAAAGUAUCAUGGAACACGUCAACCCAAAUGGAAACCCAACAUCACUCGAGAACAUCGUCCGUAUUAAUUUGUUUGUCCAGUCGAACGUCAAAACACAACUUUCAAUGCUUCAAGCCAUUUACCGCAAUUUCAGCGAGAAACUGAAGCAACCGUGGGACUGGGAAGAGGAGUUUAGCACAAAUGAAGUUGUUAAAAAGCAACAGCUUCAAGAAAUCUUUAACAUUCAAAUGUAUCGAUGUUUGACGUCGUUUUUAAUCGACUUAAAAGGAUUUAAACCGCCGAUGCCGAGCGAUUUACUGGAUGACACGAAAAUGAAACCGAUAAUUAACAUCUCUGAGAGGCUGAGAAAUGAACGAGUCAAACAUUUGAGUGUCAAUUACACUACAAGUCCCCAAGAAAUCAUUAAGACGGAGAACCGGCCUACUUCUCUUCUUCCUUUAUAUAUUGAAAGAAUAAUGUAUCGGUUGUAUUACUCUAAAGACGUUGAAGGGGUCUUUCGAUUGUGUGCUGCUAAAAGUUCAAUAGAGCAGUAUAUCAAAUACAUUGGAGUCAUCGAUUUUAGAAUGACUGACUAUGUCUUAGUCGGUGGUAUUAUCAAAAAGAUCAUGCGCGAUAUGAAGAAGCCAAUAUGGCCUAUUGAACUCUUCGAAGACCUCAUCGCAAUCACCCAAGAUCACAGCGAUAUAGACUGGGUCACUAAUUUUAAGACUUUAUAUGAGCCAAUCCAACAAGAAAACAAAGCUUUUCUUGAAGGUUUAAUCGCUUUGUGUUUGAAAAUUAUUGAAAACCCAACGAGUAAAAUGGAUUUUAAUUCUCUUGCUAUUUGUGUGGGACCCGCCGUGAUACGAACAGAACGCUCUUUGAAAGACUUGAAAACCCAAUUUGUUAUUGAGGCAUUUGAAAAAAUGCUGAGAAACGCAAAACAAAUUUUCACCGACCUCGAAACAUUCUUCAUUCAAUCAUUGUACGACGAUGUUAUGUAUCCACCUACAACUUACAAAGAAACGUUUACAGGAAUGGCAGUUGUUGGACAGGUCAGACACUCAAAGAGAAAUGGAGGUCGCAAGUUAUCAUUGUGCCAACCUAAAAUGAGCUGGUCUGCAAUAUCGAAAGUCUAA